CAGGAGCAAACGUUUCAGUGUGUUUUUUCCAGUUCAACCCCUCAUCAAUGCAUACACCUAGAAAUUUUAAAUAUUCUACCGUAGUAACUGAUUUCUGAUCGAAGUCUAUAUUUAUUUAUGGUGUAAUUCCAUUUACUGUGUGGAACUGUUUAUACUGUGUUUUGUCAAAGUUUAGUGAGAGCCUAUUUGCAGAGAACUACUUAAUGAUUUUCUGAAAAACAUCGUUUACAAUUUCACCAGUUAAUUCUUGUCUCUUGGGUGUGAUAGCUAUACUUAUAUCAUCGGCAAAAAGUACCAGCUUUGCAUCUUUGUGAAUAUAGAAUGUGACCUCGAGCAACAUGGCUGACAGACUAACAGAAAAGGCAUUUUGCGAUGCAGUUCUGCAAGAGCUAUUCUGCAACCGCAGUGUGUCAGAAAUUCAGGUCCAUAUUAACGAGACUGCCAGACAAUCAAUCUACUAGUGGGUACAGAAGAUGAGGGGAACAGAAAGUCUUCAUAAUGGAAAAUGCAGUGUUCAGCCAUCAGUAUUGAGGAACAGGUUGAAUGGAUCAUGGAUACGUUCCUUAGAAAUUCACAAAGAUCAAUGUUUCAUGCAAGUCACGAGCUAGGAUUUCCACAUCUGACUGUUUGGAGAGAGCUGAGAAAAUGCUUGCAAAUGAAACCAUAUCAGAUUCAUUUGCUUCAAGCCAUUACACAUGGUGAGAAACAUUUGUUGAAACAAUUUUCCAUUGAUGUGCAGCACUUAAUAAAGAGAACAAUUUCACACACAGUUUGAUUUUCAAUGAUGGGGUAAUCUUUCACCUUAAAAGUAAACUAGCAUAACGUGUUAAUAAGGGCAGCUGAAAAUCCCCACAUUGCUACUGAACGUUUCUGUGGACCCCCAAAGUUUAACGUAACAUGUUUUGUGCUUUGUCAAAGCAAAAUGUGUAUGGACCCUUCUUCUUUGCAAGAGCAAUGAUCAAUGGACAGUCUUACAUGCCGCAAGUACAAGAGGACAGUGAUAAUUUAGUUUCUGAACAUGAUGGUGCUCUACAACAUUUUCACAACAAUAUUUGUGAGUUCUCAGACACUGAGCUACGUACCAACAUGAUGCUGGUGGCAAAGAAUGCUGGCACUGUCACACUCAAUCAUUUUUCGAGAGUACUUUCUUUUGUUGGACUGCGCAUUGCUUCAGAGGAGUUUCUUCUACUACUUAAGAAGUUCUUGAAAAGUGGUUAUACAGUGAAUUACAUUGCAUUUGUUAAUGCAAUUGAAAAUAUCAUCCUGGACCUUGAGAAACAUGGAGAGCUUGAAGCAUUAGGGGACAUGCUGUCCCAGUAUCCUGGCCGUUAUCUGUCAGCUGAGAUGCCAAAAUUACCACGACCUGAGUUGGGAAAAGUUAGCUACCCUGCCCAAGGCAUCAGAGGUGGGCGUCAGCAUUCAGUUCGCCUGAUUGGGUGUUCGGUCGCUGUCACGUCGUCGUCAUCAGUGAUGCUGUCCCUGAGGAGCGGCCGGCGGAGGGCGUUGCCCGCUGCUGCACUGGUGACUCCCGGCGUUGUCACGAGCCGCAGCAUCUGCAGGAGGUGCGCUGGGCCGGGCCUUGUGUUGCUAACCUCCUACCGCCUGGCAACACACACUGCAUUGACAACCUACCCACCAGAUGAAAGUGCAGAUCAGCUAGUCAGACGGUUGCAGCAUCAUGUAUUGAGUGAAGGAAUUCGAACUCGUGAAGUUUUCACAGACAAGGAUCCUCAUAAAACUGGUCGUGUGACACGAGAACAAUUUCGAUGUGCUCUGGAUAUGCUGGGAGUUGCAGGAACACAACGGCUAUUUAUGUCUGAGACUGAGAUCCAUUCACUAGCUGAUGCUUAUAAAGAUCCAGAUAAUGAGUCAUACAUUUGCUGGGAUAGAUUUGUGAAUGAUAUUGAUAAAGUUCAUGGGCUCGAAAAAUUUCCCUGCUUGCGUGUGGAGGUGCCUCCAAAUGGCGUUCGUGAUGUUCCACGGAGGGGCGCUGUACAGCCUGGGACACCUCUUCCUAAACUUUGUCAGGAUGCACUGGAUAAUAUUAAAAUCCAGCUCAAAGAACUCAGUUGUCAGCUCCGUCCUGGAUUCAGCAACUACGACAAACGCAGAUGUGGUCAUGUUAGUCCAGAACAAUUUCGACAAGCCCUGCAAGUGGCUGGACUGGAUGUUCCUGGAGAUCAGCAAACUUGCUUACUGCAGUACUUUAGUGAUGACAUGGGAUUCAAUUAUCAAUCCUUUCUUCAAGCUGUUGAACCUCUGGAUAAUCCACCAUUGUAUGAGAAAUAUUUGGAACAAGUGAAAAGAAUUAAUGCUCCGAGACCAGGAAGAAAACCUUCCUCUCAGGAGACAAACAUAGUUGAAAUAAUGGCAAAAAUGAAAUCAAAGGUUGUCAAAAAUCGGAUGAGAAUUAUAGAAUUUUUGAGGAACUUUGAUCGCCACAAUCAACAAUGUAUCUCAAAGGCAAACUUUGCUCGGGGUUUGGAUCCAUUAGGAUUGCAACUUACUCCAACAGAAGUUGAAACACUUGCUGAAGUAUUUGCGAGCCCUAAGCAACCAGGAUUUGUAGAGUAUCUUCGUCUUGUUGAAGCAGUUGAAGAAGCUGUUACACAGGCAGGACUUCAAAGAGCACCUACAAUUACUCCAAUACAGCAUCUGGCAAUUAAUGAUGGUGAUCACAAUUUCCUAAAUUUUGAGGAACGGCAGAUGGUUAUACGUGUUCUUGAGCGGCUGGCAAGGCAUAAUGAAUACAACUUCAUUUCAGCUUUUAAGACGGCUGCCCUUAAUCAGAUAAUGGUACUUACAGGAGAGAUCACGUCAGAAAACAAUGAAAUCACAGAAGAAGACAUCAUGUCAGAAAACUAUGAAAUUGCAGCUGAACUCUGGCAGCAGAUAAUGGGGCAAGAUGAAAAUUCCACAUGGCUUAGCUUCACUGCUUAUGUUGAGUAUGAUAAAGGUGUUGCCAUUUGUCAGUCCAGGACAACUGGCAAAGUGUUGCAGGAGCAAAUGACAGAGAAACAAGAAAUUGAGGACACAGAUGAAACAGCACCUUUGCCAGACUGGGAUCCUACAAACAUUGGGACAAUAUCAAAAGAGCAGCUAUUCAAAGUUUUUUCAGUACUGGGAAUUGCUUCAUCAUUUUCUGGUCAAGAAAUUGACAUUCUAACCAAGUGUUUUGGUGUUGAACGUGGCCUCCGAUUAGAAGUUGACUACAGAGCACUGUGUCAUGUGCUUGACAUUUUACAUAAUACGAGCAGAGCACAUGCCGCCUAA